AAUCAAAGCAUACAAGACCUUCUUUGACCAUAGGGUGUUCAGUUGAGAUAGCCCAUCACAACACAAUGGCUGAGUCACUCACUAUGCUCAUGGUUCUCAUCUCCAUCUUGGCUCUAGCCAAUGGCUCUUACCUUUAUCCCCAGUUCUACGAUCGGUCCUGCCCACAGGCUAAACAAAUUGUUCAAUCAGUAGUUGCAAACGCUGUAGCAAAAGAGAGUCGUAUGGCUGCUUCUUUGCUCCGCCUCCAUUUCCAUGAUUGCUUCGUCAAGGGAUGUGAUGCAUCAGUACUUCUCGACAGUGGUGGAAGCAUAAUUAGCGAGAAAGGGUCGGUUCCUAACCGCAACUCGGCUCGUGGGUUUGAAGUCGUGGACCAAAUCAAAGCCGCAUUGGAGAAGGCGUGCCCUCAUACUGUCUCAUGUGCCGAUAUAUUGGCUCUGGCAGCUAGAGACUCCACCGUUCUGGCUGGUGGACCAAAUUGGGAAGUCCCAUUGGGCAGAAGGGACUCGUUGGGUGCAAGCUUGAGUGGUUCGAACCAAAACAUUCCAGCUCCAAACAACACUUUUCUGACUAUUCUCACCAAAUUUAAACUCAAGAGUCUCGACAUUGUUGAUUUGGUAGCACUUUCUGGAAGUCACACCAUCGGGAACGCUAGGUGCACCAAUUUCCGUCAACGGCUAUACAACAACUCCGGCAAUGGGCAGCCGGACUUGUCGCUGGACCAAUCAUAUGCUGCAAAGCUCCGGUCAAAGUGCCCGAGAUCCGGCGGCGAUCAAAACCUGUUUUUCUUGGAUCCCGUGUCACCAAGAAAGUUUGAUAACAGUUACUACAAAAACUUAAUCGUUUCCAAGGGGCUUCUAAGCUCCGAUGAAAUGUUGUUCACUAAAAACCAACAAACAAUGCAGUUUGUGAAGCAGUAUGCUGCAAAUCAAGAGCUUUUCUUCCAGCAAUUUGCAAAGUCAAUGAUCAAGAUGGGAAAUAUUAAUCCGUUGACCGGGAAAAGUGGUCAAAUCAGAAAGAUUUGCAGGAAAGUCAAUGGUUGAAGAGGAGUAUGAUGAUCAAGUUUAAGAAUUUAUUGUGUUUUGAUGUUAUAUCAUAUUUUUCUAGUUGAUUAUAUAUAUGUAUAAUUUUCUGUAAUAAUCUGAUAUUGUUGGGUUCUUAUUAUGUCUUGAAAGCUGUAACCUGCCAUGGAACUUUUGGU